AUUGAGAUGAGAAGUUAAUUGUAGGAGACCCUGAACAGAAAAUACUCAACAAUUACAAUAUGAUCGUUGAUAUCUUUCUGACCGUGGCCCAGGUGAUCGUCUUCGUCUAUGAUGUUGUUACCUACCCUGUAUACCAUGCUCUCUCACAACCUUGGAAGAAGGGUAAAGGAGGGAACCCAGCCCCCGUCCCUUACCUAGUUACCUCGUCUAGUGAGGAGGUUCAUUUCAGAAGGGAUAAAAGCAAUGAUAACCCAACCUAUAAGGAGAUCAUUAUUGAAAACAAGGUGGACACUGUGACCAAGGCCUUCAACUACAGUGUGAGGAAGCAUGGGUCGAAGCAGUGCCUCGGCACCAGGGAGGUCCUUGGGGAGGAGGACGAGAUGCAAGAUAACGGCAAGAUGUUUAAAAAGUUGAGCCUGGGAUCCUACCGCUGGAUUUCAUACAACGAAGCUCAUGUUAUCUCAUCAAACUUCGGGAAGGGUCUCCGUGUGCUCGGGGAACAGCCUCAGACGCCGAUUGCCAUCUAUGCAGAGACGAGGGCGGAGUGGAUCAUGUCCGCCUUCGGAGCAUUCUCACAGAGAAUCGUGGUCUCCACCUUGUAUACCAACCUAGGGGACGAGGCUAUUAUCCAUGGACUCAACGAGACAGAGGUUGGCCUGGUGAUUACAAGCCACGAGAUGCUCCCUAAGUUUAAGAACAUGUUGCCCCAGUGUCCUAAAAUUCAUACAAUAGUGUAUCUUGAAGAUCAGCUUUUCCCUACAGAUACAUCAGGGUUCAAGGAGGGUGUUCGAAUCCUGCCGUUUAAAACAGUUGUGAAGAUGGGAGAAGAAUCUAAGCUAGAAGAGAACCAUCCAUCAGCUGAUGAUACCGCCAUUAUCAUGUACACUAGUGGUUCUACCGGGGUACCCAAGGGUGUUGUGUUGACCCAUGAGAACCUAAUCUCCACCUCGACCUGCAUUAUGUUCCUCUCCGGGUUCAACGCUGACGACGUGUACAUAGGUUACCUACCCCUAGCUCAUGUAUUGGAACUACUCUCUGAGUGUACAAUGAUGAUGUUUGGUGUACCAGUAGGAUACUCAUCGCCUAAUACCAUGACAGAUAUGUCCACAAAGGUGAAGCGUGGACAGAAGGGUGACGCCAGCGUAUUAAAGCCGACCAUGAUGUGCGUAGUUCCGUUGAUCUUGGAUAGGAUCUACAAGAACAUCAUUGACAGUGUCAACAAGCGCGGCGUCAACUUUCAGAAAGUUUUCGAGUUUUGCUAUAGAUAUAAGCUGUACUGGACUAGAUCGGGUAGUCAAACACCAAUUGUGGAUAGAAUAGUUUUUAAUAAAAUUAAGGCUCUUCUUGGAGGACGAAUGAGGUUUGCAAUCACAGGUGGAGCUCCUCUCUCACCAGAAACUCAUGAUUUUAUCAGGGUUUGCCUCGGCCUAACUCUAGUGCAAGGAUACAGUAUGACUGAGACCACCUGCUCUGGCACGUGUAUGGAACCUGAGGAUGCUACGACAGGAAAGGUGGGACCUGCCAUGGCGGGGAUGGAGGUGAAGCUCAUCAACUGGGAGGAAGGGAACUACAGGGUCACAGACAAACCGUUCCCACGUGGAGAAAUCUUAAUUGGCGGGAAAUCUGUUGCUAAGGGAUAUUUUAAGAACGAUGAACUUACAAAGGAGGAUUUCUCUAUUGAAAACGGAAAAAGAUGGUUUAAGUCUGGAGAUAUUGGGGAGAUGGAUCGGGACGGAGUGCUCAGGAUCAUUGAUCGUAAGAAGGAUCUUGUUAAACUACAACUCGGAGAAUAUGUCUCACUAGGUAAAGUUGAAUCCCAGCUGAAGACCCAUCCCCUGGUUGAGAACAUUUGUGUGUACGGGGAUAGUCUGCAAUAUCACACGGUUGCCAUCAUGGUCCCGAUCAAGAACGCUCUGGAGAAGCUGGCCACUGAGCUCGGUAAGACGGAGAUGAACUAUGAGCGGCUCUGCAAGGAUAAUGACGUCAUUCAGGCCGUAUUGAAGACCUUAUCUCUACACGGAAAGAAAACAAACCUGGAGAGGUUUGAGAUCCCAACCAGGAUAACCCUUGAACCUGAACCCUGGACCCCGGAGUCAGGCCUGGUCACCGCAGCCUUCAAACUCAAGCGGAAAGUAAUCCAAACAAUGUUUCAGCCCUCCAUUGAUCUAAUGUACUCAGAUAUGGUUUAAACUUUUUGUGAUGUUAGAAUAUUAUUGAAUUAGUUACGUGAAUCCCUGAGAAUUAUUUACAGGGGUGUUUUAUGUUUCAAAGCCUAACCCCCCCCCCCUCUUCGAUUUUCCUUUUGUUUUUGUUAUUUUUAGUAUCUUGCCGGUUAUUGUUUAGUUUUUAUUUUAUUUUGAAACAUAAACCACCCCUGGUUAUUUGGUCACAUUUGGAAUUCGGCGGUGUAUUUAAAUUCAAUUGUGAAAUAUAUAAUUAUAUAAAAUUCA